AUGGAUGCAUCAGUAGUUCUCACACUGAUACAAACUCUUGUGCAGCUACUUGAUUCUCCCUCUCUUGAAUCUAUAUUGGGUUACAAAACUCAACUUAAGAAACUCAAGACCACCAUGACCACUGUCAGAGCUGUGCUACUUGAUGCUGAGCAGCAACAGAGACAACAACUUCAGCUUACCAACACCCUACAAGACAAGCUCGAGAGGCUCAAGGAGGCUGUUUACAGAGCUGAUGACUUGUUUGAUGAAGUUGCUACUAUUGCCCAGCAUAAGACCCUUUUGUCUGGUAAUCGUGUCAGUAAAGAGGUUCGCCUUUUCUUCUCUCACUUCAAUCCACUUCGUUCUUGUUUCACAUUACGUCGAGAGAUUAACAAUAUCAGGGAGAUUAUGGAUGAUAUAGCCAAAGAUCAUCAUGACUUUGGUUUAUCGGCUCAAUCAGUUGGUCUCCAGGUGAAGAACAUCUCGAGGGAAACUAGCUCUUAUAUAUGCGAGGAAGAUGUGAUUAUUGGGAGAGAUGCGGACAAGAGGACUGUGGUAGAUAUGUUAGUAGAUACUAAUGUUCAGAAGGAUGUUUGUUUUAUAAGCAUAGUUGGUAUUGGAGGAUUGGGAAAAACAACUCUUGCCAAACUUGUUUAUAAUGAUGACACGAUUCAAAAGGAAUUUAUAUUGAAGAUGUGGGUUUGUGUCUCUGAUGAUUUGAAUGUGAAAUCACUUCUUGGUGAAAUUCUUAGAGCUGCAACCAACACGUCCGUUGAAGGUGGUCUGAACCUGGACCAGCUCCAGAUGAAAUUACGGCAAGCACUUGAGGGGAAGAAAUAUCUCCUUGUUCUGGAUGACGUUUGGAAUGAGGAUGUUAAUGAAUGGCUCAAGUUAGGAAAUUCUUUGACUGGAGGUGGGAUGGGUAGUAGAAUUGUGGUGACUACUCGCUCUAGAGUGGUGGCGAAAAUUGUAGGAAGCCACAAGAUACACGGAUUGGAAGGCCUUUCAAAGCUAGACUCUUGGAAUUUGUUUGAGAGGAUGACACUUGAACCGGGGCAGCAUCAAAUGGAGGCGCACUUAGUUGAUAUUGGCAAAGAGAUUGUUCGAAAGUGUGCUGGUGUUCCACUUGCCAUAAGGGUCAUUGGAAGUCUUCUUCAAGGAGUUGGCGAAAGUAUGUGGCAAUACAUAAAAAACAUCGACUUGGCAAACAGAAAACAAGAUGAUCAUCAGAUCAAUAGCAUACUACCUGUGUUGAAGAUCAGUUAUUUUUAUCUUCCGGUUCAUUUGAAGAUAUGCUUUAGUUACUGUGCCGUAUUCCCCAAAGAUUAUAAGAUUAUCAAGGAGGAUUUGAUUUGUCUUUGGAUGGCACAAGGCUUUAUUGUUCCAUUAGAUGAUAGAGAGAGUUUUGAAGAUGCAGGUGAAGACUAUUUCAUGAAUUUGCUCCAAAGGUGCUUCUUUCAAGAUGUAGAUCGAGAUGACAAUGGUAACAUUAAGUCGUGCAAAAUGCAUGAUUUGAUUCAUGAUGUUGCUAGAGAAGUAGCAGGAACCGAUAUCUAUAGUGCACGCUGUUUCAGUGAGAAAACUCAACAUUUCUUUUUCGAUUAUUCUGAGGAGACCACAACUCUUGGCCAUCAGUUAACCAAGAUGAAAAGGUUACGUACAUUUAUACAACCAUUUAAAUAUAACAAAUGCGAGAUGAAGGGGCUUCUAGAACUGAGACAUUUAAGGGUAUUAGAUAUAAGUAGAGCCCGUUUAAAAGAGUUGCCAAGCAUGAUAAGUGAACUAAUGCAUUUGAGGUAUCUUGACCUCUCUGAAAAUUUUAUUCUUGUUGUGCUUCCUACAUCCAUUACCCAACUUUAUAAUUUGCAGACACUAAAAUUACGUGGUUGUUACAAGCUAAAAGAGUUGCCAAGGGAGUUGAGCAAUUUAAUUAAUCUCAGGCAUCUUGAUCUACAUGGUUGUCCGAGAUUGACUCAUAUGCCUCCAGGUUUGGAUCGUAUGACUAGGUUGCAUAAGCUAACAAGGUUUGUGCUUGGUAAAACAAGCACUUGUUGUGGGUCAUCUGGUCCUGAUGCUGCUGGUAUUAGAGACUUGAAAGAGCUUACCAAUCUCAGAGGCAACAUGGAAAUUAAGGUGCAACUAGGCUAUACAUAUGAUACAACAGAAGCGAGGGAAGGGAGGUAUUUGAUAAACAAGCCACACUUAUUGGAAAUCAACAUAUACUGGUAUCUAGAGCCUAACCAAUACAAACAUAUUGAUGAAAUUAGUGACGCGGGGAAUAAUUCAGAAGCCUUGAUGCAAGGCCUCCAACCCCACUCUAAUCUUAGAAAGUUAAGGUUGUAUUUCUAUCUUGGAGUUCGUUUCCCAAACUGGGGGAGUUUAUCAAUGAACCUUGAAGGUUGUCUACCAAAUCUUGUUAAAAUAGUAGUUGAAAACUGUAUAAGGUUAGAGUAUCUUCCAUUGAUGAGUCAACUGCGUCAUUUGAAAGUCCUUGAAUUAACAAGAUUGUUGGAAGUGGAGUAUGUGGAGAGCAGUAAUAUUGUAGGAGAAGGGGAUUGUACAACAUCAAGUAAGUCAACACAAGUAUUUUUUCCAUCUCUUGAAAAGCGUGAGCUAUAUGGAUUGCUAAAGCUGAAAGGAUGGUGGAAAUCGUCAGUACAUAUAAAUUUAGAAUCUGGGGAUGGUGAGACAAAGGUGGAGAAUGAGCAGCAACAAAAAGAAAAACAAUUGUUAACAACAGAGAUGUAUAAUUUAUAUUCAUUCCCUCAACUUUCUUGUUUAGACAUUUCGUGGUGUCGUGGGAUGACUACUUUUCCCCUAUGUGAGAAACUGGAAACAUUGACAUUGGAUGGUUUUGAUGAAGCAUUGGGACCAAGAAUGAGGGGGAGGAGCAUUGAUUUAUCUUCCUCUCAACGUCGACGAAUAGAAGAGGAAGAGGAAGAGGAAGAGGAAGAGGAAGGAUGA